AUGCCGGAGAAGGACGAAACUAGGAUAUUUUCAUUCGAGAUCCCAGACAGUGCAAUAGACGUCUACUACACUCCAGAGGACUUCUAUGAAGAGGUUUUGGCUCUGAUACGAGGAGCCAAGACUCGGUGUAAGAUGAUUACUUUGUAUGUUGGUACAGGGGAUAGGGAGAGGGAGAUGCUGAGGGCAUUGGGAAGGGAAUGCAACGCACCUGAGAGGACACUGGUCAUGGACUACUUGCGAGGCACACGUAAAGACCACAAGACAGGGGCUAGCUCGGUGUCCCUGUGUAAGAAGGAAGUACUGCACGAUCAUACGGGGGAGAUGAUACGGAACCCUGCUGAACUGAAGUUUUUUUGCAGCCCAAUGUACAAAGGCGCUGGCCGGGUCUUCCUACGGGAACGACAGAAUGAGGUUUUGGGGGUACAGCACAUGAAGGCUAUUGUCGCUGAUGACACUGUCCUUCUCACAGGAGCCAAUUUUGGUGGCAGCUACUUUAGGGAUAGGCAAGAUAGGUGUCUGGUACUACGUAGUUGUCCCGAUAUCGCAGAGUUCGUAAGCAGUGUAAUAGAUGCCGUGUCCGGUGCAUCGAUAGACGUAGGGGAGGCAAGGCAUGGUCAACAUCAUGAUGCUCCAAAGUCUAAGGAGACUAAGAGGAUACUUCGAGAAAAUUUUGAGAAAGUUUUCGAUAAAUUCAAGGACUUCAACGGAGAUUCCCCUGUUCCCGAGCCGAAGAAUACUAAGCGAUGCAUAGUCCAGGUGGGCAUCCAGUGCGGAUACCUCAACAUGCAUGCUGAUCAAGAGCUGCUGUGGAGACUCCUUGAGAUCAUGGAGGAUGGGGAUGGUAGUCGGCUGGUGAUGGCUUCAGGUUACGCCAACCCUCCCCCUGGCAUUGAAGGGAUGCUUGCUAGUCGCCCUAUCGAUGUCAUCGUCGCUUGUCCGAAGGCUAAUAGUUUCUAUAAGAGCGGUGGAUUGAGCCAGCAUAUACCAGAUAUGUACACUACGAUGGAGGUUGACUUAAUGAAAAGAUUAACGCGUGGAACGCUGCAUGAAUACGAACGACCGUACUGGACUUUCCAUGCGAAGGGCAUCUGGGGUUACCGAUCUGUCGGGUCUACACCUAUUGGAUGCCUAGUGGGUAGCAGUAACUACGGUUAUCGGGCGCGGGAUAGAGAUCUUGAGAUGAGCUUCUUGUUCCGUACGAAGGAGGGCUCAGCCUUCAGUGGCAAACUGCAAAAGGAGGUUGAUAAUAUGAUGGAGUAUUCAUCGACAGUACCGACCCCGUCGGCGCUGAUUACCGCACGAAACAUCCCAGCCUGGGUUCAGACUUUUACUAGGAAAUGGCUGAAGUUCUUUUUGUGA